CGGAAGUGUCAUAAUUAUACCUCGAUCUUUGUGCUUUAUUCAGAAGCAUAGUUUCUGUACGGUAUGUCUCAUCUACAACUACAAAUUCAACCUGGUGCGUUAUCUCAACGCAGUGUCUUGGGAUCUCAUAAUGUCCAGCAGCAAGGCAAUGUUUUCUACAGCGAUAUGUCGGAAUCCAUUUUACGUAAUCUUCAAACAUCUUCUAUAACGGCGGCAACAUCUUUACAAGCACAGGAACAAAAUCAACAGAUUCAGACUACUAUGAAUAGUGUAUCCAGUGAUGUUGAACGUGAUGUGUCUACCGCAAGUACUGGUAGUGCCGUACUCUCUCAGCUGCCUUCCUCCACCACUGCACCAGCAAAUAGUGUUGCAGCUUUUCAAAGUCUGCUUACGAUGCUUCCAGGCGCCGCGAAUGCACUUGCUAGGAUCUCACUUGGUCAUGGAGAGAUGUCUGAAGAGGAACCCUUGUAUGUAAAUGCCAAGCAAUACCAUCGAAUCCUAAAGAGGAGGCAAGCCAGAGCGAAGCUUGAAGCAGAAGGGAAGAUCCCAAAGCAGAGACAGGCAUACCUACACGAGUCUCGACACAAACAUGCUCAAAGAAGGGCUCGUGGGAAUAGUGGACGUUUUUCCACAGGAAACUUGCCUGCUUCCACCCUUCCGCAACUCCCAACAAAAGCAGACCCAAUCACUUGUGAGGUGACAAGCCAGCAAGAUCAGCAACCUGAGAUUUCUCAGUUUGCUGGUGCUAGUGCAGCCAUUACUAUUACGCCAGCUGUUGGCAUCAUGGCAAAGCCCGAGUCGUUUGUCGCUAAUUUGAUAAAGUAUCAAAAUUCGAACAUGGGCAGUCUAGCGGUUACUUCACCUAAUUGGAAACGGACUGGGGUACAGGUACCCACGGACAGUAACAUUUCUACCUCUACUAGGAAUCAUACGGAUAAGACUAUUCACUAAAAACAUUUACAUGUAACUAUAAUUUUGUUGCAAGAUUAAGUUGUUGUGCUCCUUUUUACUAUUAAGGUGCAGGUGCAAAUGAAA